UGAUGUGUUAUGGAAUGCGUUUGACUUAUUUUUAUAAAUAAAUUAUGUAAAUACAGUGAAAUGACAGGCAAAUAAAGUUAUAUUAUUGUUUAGUUGUUAAUUUAAGUUUAAUUGUGCAAAUAUAAUUAAUUCAUCAUUAUGCAAAACAUCAAGAUGUUAAGAUCGUUUAUUCCAAUAAGCAACUUCAGUAUAAAACCAAGUUUGCCAAUUUUGUGCCCGACUUUAAAAUUAGUGCAAGACUUUAAACCUGAAUAUAAUGUCGUGCUUAAACAUAGAGGAAUAUAUACAUCAAGUAUAAAAUAUACAGAAAAAAAUGAUGAAGGGGUUUUAAAAAGAAUUUUGAAGAAAAUGGGAUGGAUGGAUAUUUCACGAACGCGCAGGAAAGUUACAUCCUAUCUGAUGUACGAAAGUGUAGCAGACAAAAUUGAUUAUGAAUAUUUUUUUAAAGUAUGUAAGAUGCCAGAUACUUUCAAUUCAUGGUUUCUUAUAACCGAACUUCAUGUCUGGAUGCUGCUAGUUCGUGCAAUGGCUGAAGGAUGUGAGAAAGGAAGUAUCGGUAGAGAAAUGAGAAAUGAUAUUGUUGAGGCAUUGUGGGCUGAUGUUGCAACUAGAACCAAACAAUUUAGGAAUGUCAAUAGCCGUGGUGUUAGAGAACAAAUUCAAAUUUUGUCACAACAAUUUCAAUAUGCCUUAAUUGGUUAUGAUGAAGCACUAGGUUCAAAUGAUAUGGUUUUGGCUGCUGCUAUUUGGAGGAGAUUUUUUGAGCAGAGAUAUGUUGAUCCUGAAGUUGUCGAAAAACUAGUCUUAUAUGUUAGAAAACAGCUUGCAUUAUUUGAUAAAAUAACGAGUGAGGAAUUUGUGGAAAAACGAGACUUGGAGUGGAUUGCAUUAGAUGGUAUUUCGUAAUUGAUUAAUUUGGUCACUUUGGUGUCGCCUGCUAG